CGGAGGCGCACCAUAGAAAAGUCCCUUCUAGCCCGCAGCCGGUAGGAUUUCCUGUGUUGGUACAGACGUGCUUCCGCUUUCGGUAGUUAUGUCUUUGGAAACGGUCCCGAAAGAUUUGCGGCAUCUAAGAGCCUGUUUGCUGUGUUCUCUGGUGAAGACCAUUGACCAGUUUGAAUACGAUGGCUGUGACAACUGUGAUGCUUACCUGCAGAUGAAAGGGAACAGGGAAAUGGUGUAUGAUUGCACUAGCUCUUCGUUUGAUGGGAUUGUGGCCAUGAUGAGCUCUGAUGACAGCUGGGUGUCAAAGUGGCAGCGGAUCACUAAUUUCAAGCCCGGAGUUUAUGCAGUCUCUGUUACAGGACGCCUACCACAAGGUAUUGUGCGUGAGCUGAAAAGCCGAGGGGUGGUUUACAAAUCCAGAGACACUGCUAUCAAGACAUAACUGCAGAAGAAGGGCUGGAGCAGAGAUUGGGUCGAUGUCUAUGUCUUCUCUUCCGUUGGUUUUAUUUUCCUGUUAUGUUGCUGAGGCUGUGGUUUCCCCACAGUGGGGGGAAGGGUUGUGCCACUCGGCCCGCCACACGCACAGACACUUCACGUUUUUUUUUUUUUUUUGUCUUCUCAAGGAAAGAGACCUUGUUGGAAGAGAAUGGGGUUGUGGGACAAAAUAAAGAUGUAUUAAUCCUGA